AUGACUGAAGCAAUAUUCUACGACUGGAAAAGCAACCUAGAAAUUAAUAUACUGAUUAACAGAGUGCUCGGUUUAUGGCCAGACGGGGACGACUCUUUUAAACCUGGUUUCUACGUAGUAUAUUGUGCAAUCCUCAUAAUCCUUGCAACUUGUCACCUUCUCUCGCAAACAAUCAAGCUUUAUCUAGUCAGAGACGACAUCGAAGCUCUAGCUGGAACCAUGUACAUAACACUAACCUUAAUGCUGGCAGCAAUAAAAACAUUCUUCGUGAUAGUCAAAAUGAGGAUUCUUAAAAAAUGCUUCAAGACCCUCCGCACCAACUCUUUGUUCCAACCAAGGAACCAUCACCAAGAACUCAUAAUCCAACUUGGUAUAACAUACGAGUUGUUCUUAUUCUGUUACUAUGGGAAUGAGGUGCAAGUGAAGAGCAACUUGGUUUCUCGUGCAGCGUAUGAAUCUCAAUGGACAGAUUUACCAGAAGAUGUUAAAAGAAGUCUGACUAUUUUCAUUAUUAAUGUUUCUAAACCAAUAGACAUAUCUGCCUUCAAUGUAUUUGUGUUGUCUUUAGAAACUUUUAUCAAGAUUCUGAAAACUGCGUGGUCGUACUUUGCCCUGUUGAGCCAACUUAUUGCAUAA